GGGUGGGGGAGGAAGGCAGGAAGGGAGAGAAGAAGGACGGUAGGGAGGGAGGAAGGGAUGAAGGAAGGAAGGAAGGGAGGAAGCGGGGAGGGAGGGAGGGAGGGAAGGGAAGGGAAGGAAGGGAAUCAAGCAAUGAGAGAGACAUUGCCGACCUGGAUCUAGAGGUUUACAAGUUGAUUUCUUUUUUUUUGAGAGAAAGAAAAAAAAAAUAAGUAAAGGAGAGGAAGACAGGAAAAGAAAGAGGGAGAGUAAAUGGAAAUAUUGCUUUAUUUUGAAAAAAAUUGGGUAUUAAUAAUGGCCCAUCAAUGUUUCAUUUAAACUUAUGGGUAGGUGUGGUGUGGUAUUUUUUUUUUUUUUUUAAAGAAAGAGGGAAACUAUCUUCUGUGAACCUCAGCUUCCAAAUUUGCCAAGUAGGACUAACAGUAACCCUUCUUCUCUUGGAGUUCUUGUGAGUAUCAAACUAUUUGAUACAGGAAAGCACUUCAAACAGCCCCUAGCACUUAGUAAUUGUUCAAUAAUGUUAGAUAUUGUUGAGCAGUUCCUUUUUGUCAGCACUGUGCCACAGGCGUAGGAAAAGAAAUGGUUUGUUUUUUUUUUUGCAAGGAAGGGGAGACUCAAGGAAACUUCAACAAGUGGGUUUAUGAAGGAAAAGAUAGGACUGUUUUAAACUCAACCAGUAGUAUUUAUAAUGAUGAAGGUAUUGGCCCAUUUUACAGAUGUAUAAGGUGAGGUUCUGAGAGGUUUCUUUACUGAGUUACCCAGGAAAUAAGGGAAAGUGCCCACAGCGGAAUUUCCCAUCCUCUUAAAGACUGCCCACCUCAACCUUGCUAAUACGUAGCCCUGCUUUAACACUUUGAAUGUCAAGUUCAAAUUAGUAUUUGAUUCACAGGACUGAAUACCCAGAAAGCCAGGCUCAUUCAUUCCUAUUUCCUCAGUGCUUGAAGCACAUUAGGAGCUUGGUAACUGCUUAUGGAAUGAAAUAAGCAGAGCCAAGUACAAUAAUACCAAGCAUUUUAUUUUUUAUUUUUAAAACGAGUCAGAGGCCAGGCGCGGUGGCUCACGCCUAUAAUCCCAGCACUUUGGGAGGCCGAGGCGGGUGGAUCACGAGGUCAAGAAAUCGAGACCAUCCUGGUCAACAUGGUGAAACCCCAUCUCUACUAAAAAGACAACAAUUAGCUGGGUAUGGUGGCGUGCGCCUGUAGUCCCAGCAACUCGGGAGGCUGAGACAGGAGAAUUGCUUGAACCCAGGAGGCAGAGGUUGCGGUGAGCCGAGAUCGCACCGAGCCGAGAUCGCGCCAUUGCACUCCAGCCUGGGUAACAAGAGCGAAAUUCUGUCUCAAAAAAAAAAAAAAACUAGUCAAUUGUAGUAGCAAGCACUUAUUAAGGGUCUGAAACCUUCUAAAAUAUUUCACAUUAAUUCUUAUUUAUUUUUUAAAUAAUUUAAUUUAUCUUUCUCAUGUUUACAGUGACACAUUAAUUCUUAUAACUAAAACUGUAAGAUAAGAACUAUUAGUCCAGUUUAUUUAGGGGGCAUUGAAUCUCCCUCUGUCGCCCAGGCUGGAGUCCUGGCUCAAUCUUGGUUCACUGCAACCUCCGCCUCCCAGGUUCAAGUGAUUCUCCUGCCUCAGCCUCCCCAGUAGCUGGGAUUACAGGCAUCUGCCAGUACGCCCUGCUAAUUUUUGUAUUUUUAGUAGAGACAGGAUUUCAUCAUGUUAGCCAGGUUGGUCUCGAACUCCUGACCUCAAGUGAUCCUCAUGCCUCAGCCUCCAAAGUUCUGGGAUUACAGGCAUGAGCCACCAUGCCCACCUUAGCCCAGUUUUAGAAAUGAAGAAAAUGUGAAACAAAUAUGUUAAAUCACUUGCCCAAGAUUCUCCUAAUAAGUGGCAGAGCUGAGAUUUGAAUUCAGGUGGGUUACACACAAAGUAUAUACUCUUAUCCAGUAAUUAGGAAUAAUAAUAAUAAUGCCUAAUUUCCGUAUUGUGCUUUACAAAGUAUAAUCAACAUUGCACACAGUCGCAAGCAGGGAAGAAGUUACCUACAGAACUAAACAUUAGUUCCAGAUUGGGGACUGAGAUUGCAGUAUAGACAGUCCUUGCCUUGCACAGUAAUUAAUUCAAGACUGAAAAUGUGCAAGCCGUCUGGGCGCAGUGGCUCAAGCCUGUAAUCCUAGCACUUUGGGAGGCCAAAACGGGCUGAUCAUCUGAGGUCAGAGUUCAAGACCAGCCUGGCCAAUAUGGUGAAAACCCCAUCUCUACUAAAAUACAGCAAUUAGCCAGACAUGAUGGCAGGUUUUUGUAAUCCCAGUUACUCAGGAGGCUGAGACGGGAGAAUUGCUUGAACCUGGAAGACAGUGGUUGCAGUGAGCCCAGAUUGCACCACUGCACUUCAGCCUGGGCAGCUGAGCGAGACUGUCUCAAGGAAAAAAAAAAAGGUAGGGCAUGGUGGCUCAAACCUGUAAUCCCAGCACUUUGGGAGGCCAAGACGGGUAGAUCAUGAGGUCAAGAUAUUGAGACCAUCCUGGCCAACAGGGUGAAAUACCAUCUCUACUAAAAAUACAAAAGGUUAGCUGGGCAUGGUGGCAGAUGCCUGUAGUACAGCUACUCGGGAGGCUGAGGCAAGAGAAUGGCUUGAACCGGGGUGGUGGAGGUUGCAGUGAGCCAAGAUUGCACCACUGCACUCCAGCCUGGCAGCAACAGAGUGAGACUCUGUCUCAAAAAAAAAAAAAAAGAAAAUGUGGAAGCUGAAGUUAUGCACAAUGACCUUAAUGGGAAAAAUUGUAAUUGUUCUAAUAAUUAUAUUAUUAGAUAUAUCUAAUAUAGAUAAAAUUAAAAUGCUAUCAGUUAUAAAUGCAUAGGGGAAUGAAAAAAUAUAUUAAAUGUAUACUAAAACUAAUAUUUAUUUAUGGCUGGGCACAAUGGUUCACACUUGUAAUCCCAGCACUUUGGGAGGCUGAGGUGGGCAGAUCACUUGAAGUCAGGAGUUUGAGACCAGCCUGGCUAACAUGGUGAAACCUCAUCUCUACUAAAAAUACAAAAAAAAAUUAGCUGGGCGUGGUGGUGCAUGCCCGUAAUUGUAGCUAAUUAGGAGGCUGAGGUAGGUGAAUUGUUUGAAUCUGAGAGUGGAGGUUGCAGUGAGCCAAGUUUGUGCCAGUGCACUCUAAUCUAGGCAACGGAGCAAGACUGUGAAAAGAAGGAAAAAAAUUUGAAUAAAAAAUUAGAAACCUUGAGAAUUUAUUUUGUUUGCUUGUCAAAAAUUUGCCAAGAGUAGUUUGAUCUUGAUUUGCUACCUUCUUGUCAUGUGUAAUAGCUUUUCUAUGGCUUGGCAAAUUGCCGCUGUCUGUGAACUGAGUAACUGGUACAGUGACCAGUCACCUAAAGUCUGUGAAAGAAGUAUGUGCUUGUUUGCUGAUCAUGCUGUGUAUCUGUUACUUACAUAAUGAUUUGUAGACUAAAGAAUGUACUUUAGGGCCAGGCACAGUGGCUCACACCUAUAAUCCUAGCACUUUGGGAGGCUGAGGCGGGAGGAUCACCUGAGGUCGGGAGUUCGAGACCAGCCCAGCCAACAUAGAGAAAUCCCUUCUCUAGUAAAAAAUACAAAAUUAGCCAGGCACUUUCCGUGCCGGUAGCGCUUAUGCAAAAAUGGUGAACAUUCCUAAAACCCGCUGGACUUUCUGUAAGAAGUGUGGCAAGCACCAACCCCACAAAGUGACACAGUAUGAGAAGGGCAAGGAUUCUCUGUAUGCCCAGAGAAAGCGGCGUUAUGACAGGAAGCAGAGUGGCUAUGGUGGGCAUACUAAGCCCAUUUUCUGGGAAAAGGUUAAAACUACAAAGAAUAUUGUGCUAAGUCUUGAGUGCAUUGAGCCCAAUUGCAGAUCUAAGAGAAUGCUGGCUAUGACAAGAUGCAAGCAUUUUGAACUGGGAGGAGAUAAGAAGAGAAAGGGCCAAGUGAUCCAGUUCUAAGUGUCAUCUUUUAUGAAGACAAUAAAAUCUUGAGUUUACGUUCAAAAAAAAAAAA